GUGUGAUAUCAGCAUUAGCCUCAUCCUAAAUCCAAGGCACAGCACUGUGCCAGCUACAAAGAAGAAAAUUUAACUCUAUCCCAGUUGAAAUCAGGCCAGAUCUCCAGAGCUGGCUGCAGUACACCAGGUGAUGUUUCUGUGUUGUACACUGGAGUGUGACUGGUAUUAUGAACUUUUUAACUUGGAGAAUUAGAAGACUUGAGAGGCUUUCCAACAGUCUCAGCAGGGGCCAAUUUCUCUCAAAGCCCACUGAGGUUUUUCUGGCCCCUCUGUUGCUCCAUCCUGUUCCGCGCACCUGAGCUGGGGAUGGUGACUGUGACAUGCUUUGGUUCCAUGGUUGUCGGGGCCAGUCUGUGGUUGCUGCACCCUGGGGAGCUGCUCAUGCCCUGCUCAAGCAGGGCUGGAGGAGACAGCAAAAGAAUAAUGCUGCCCUUGAGCACCCGUGGGGUGUGGGUCUUCAUGGUCCUGCUUUGUAGCAUCCACUCACUUCUUGCAGCCCCAACUCAGCCUGGUUCAGAGCAGAGUGCAGAGGCAACCAGCAAACCUAACAUGACAAUGGAAGGUGUAUUCGUGUCUUUCUUAAGCUUCUUCAGUCCCAUGACUUGCCGCCUCAGCAAUGAGCGACUCUUCACUCCUUGUCCUGUACAAGGCCUGAACAUGUCUGAAUGCAAAAAAAUUCACUGCUGUCCUUUCAGAAUUGGCCAGGAGGAGCAGUGCUACCUGCCCGUGAGGGAUGAUGUGCAGCUGGCCAUUCGAGUGGUUUUGCUCACUGGAGGAGGAUUUUUGAUUUUGGGAUUGCUGCCAUUCUGUUGCUGUGCCCUUUUGCAGAGAAGUCCGUGUAUCAAUCCUUUACGAAACAUAAGCAAAGAAGUACAGAAAAUUGCACAGUCUAAACGAAUUGGUGGUAUGAAGAAUCCUGAAGAGGAGAUUCAUCGCCACUUGCUGGACUGACCUAAAGAACCAAAAGGACAAAAAAAGAAGGAACAUCCACCUGAUCCUGAAGAUCAAGCAGAAGACACCAGGAUUAUUUGGCUAUCUCUGGAAAAGGACAGUUUUUAUUUUAACAUUGAAGUAAUACAAAGUUGCAAACCCUUGAUAAUACUAUUGAUUUUACAAUAAAAGUUUUUUUCAUUCUA